AUGCCUUGCUCCUUGCUACUGGUAGCUAUCGGACUGGCUUCCUUUGUCGGUCCCACCUUCGCUGCUCCUCGUGGGGUCAAGGGAGAAUGGGUCACAACGAGCGUCUUUGUAUCCGCCACCCCGACUGACAAAGCCGCCGUCUCCAGUAUUUUUGCGACCUUUACGCACUCGAAGGGCGCUGCGAUCCUAAGCGUACCCGUACCCGCGGGGCGGACCUCGAAGCCCAGCGGAACCCUCUCGCUGGACUCCACCUUCAUAUACGAUCUCGAUAACGGUCCGAUUGGCGCUCCCGAUUUCAAGAGCAAAUCCGGAGUGGGGAUUGACGCGAGCGUGUAUAUCUUCGACUUGGUCCGGCUUGAAGUCGAUCAGAUCAAGGCAUAUAAGGAUGCUGGUAAGACUGCGAUCUGCUACUUCAGCGCUGGCAGCUUGGACCCCUUGAGAGCGGACGCUGGCAACUUCGACGAUGCAUGCGUAUGCGGUACCGGCGGUACUCUGGACUCGAGCAACCACUGCACCGGCGGUGACCCGAAUGCCAAGCAAAAGAACUGGGACCAGUACUGGCUCGACAUUCACAGCCCAGCCUGUAAGACCAAUGUCAGAGCGGCCAUGACAAAGCGGCUACAGAUGGCGAAAGAGAAGGGAUGCGAUGGGAUUGACCCGGACAAUGUGGAUAGCUAUAUGAAUGGGGCACCGCAUGGCAAUACCGAGGCAGACCAGAUGGAGUACCUUCUGUGGCUGUCCGAAACCACCCAUGCCCAGGGUCUGCUCAUCAACCUCAAGAACGGCGCCGGUCUGCUGCGGGCCGGUCACGCCCAGGAGCUGGUCUCCGCGUUUGACUUCAGCGUUGUCGAAUCAUGCCACGUAUACGACGAGUGUCAGGUAUACGAGCCAUUCCUCGCUGCCGGGAAGCCGAUGAUCCAGAUCGAGUACUCCAACUCGAUCACCAAGUGUCCCACCUUGAAGCCCGGUCAGAACCUGGCCGUCCUGUCGGGAUUGACGCUCAACUCGGCACAGAUUACUCUGGACUGUCCUGCUCCUCGGGGCUAG